UCCUUCCUUUUUCAUCCUCCUUCAUCCUCUUUUUUUUCUUUUUUUUUUUUAUACUUUUCAUUCAAUCUUAUCCAAAAUCUAUUCACUCUGAUUUUAUUCUUAUCAUAUCUUAUCAUAUUCAUUAUUCACUAUCUCAUAUUCUCAUUGUUUUUCUUCCUCCUUCUUUCCCUCACCAUGUCUGAUAGAACUGCUCUUAACUACUUUUUAAGAAGACAUGUCUCUUCUGAAAUGAUAGAUUACCUCGCAACAACUGCCCUAUCAAUAAUACCUAUAAGACAAAGCCCAAUUCAACCCCAAUAUAACCUCAACUACCUCAAUAAAAUCAAUAACAAUAACACAGCCAAAAUCAAUAACAAAAUCAACAACAAAAUCAACUCCAAUCCCUAUGCUAAUAACAACAACAUAUAUCCAUCUCCUCCACCAUCUCCAACUGAUAACUUGGACAAAUUGCCCUUCAAAUCCUCCCUAAAGAUCUCUCUCAAAUUCUUUAUUCAAAAAUUAAUCAAACAUUCAAAUGUCCAAGUGCCAACCCUAAUGUCCUCUUUAGUUUACCUCAUAAGACUAAGAAAUAUACUACCUUACAGUGAGGUCUAUGGAAAUAAUACAACUCCUCAUCGCUUAUUCAUUGGCUGUCUCAUUUUAGCUGCAAAGUUUCUAAAUGAUUCUUCACCACUAAAUAAACAUUGGUGCAAAUACACUGAAGGCUUCUUAACCAUAAAGGAAAUCAACAUAAUCGAAAUCGAAAUCUUAACCUAUUUAGAUUGGAAUUUAGUCAUAAGCAUUCAAGAUCUAUACAAUGUUUUAGCCCCAUUUCUAUCUCCAAUUAAAAAUCAUUUAAAGAUUAAAAAUGAAGAAUUCAUAAAAAGAAAAUUGAAAAAUACAAAUUCCAAAUCAUACGAAGACUUGAAUAAUAACCAUAUAAACAACCAUAUAAAUAACCAUAUAAAUAACCAUAUAAACAACUACAUAAAUAUCACUCCCAGCAAUAACAGUAUCACAUCCACCAACAAUAAUAAAUCAGUUCGAUACUCAGCGUCAAUGGGUUCAUUGAGAAAUUUUAACCUAUUACCACCACCAUUGCCUUCACAAAUCAUUCAAAAACGCAAUCUAAUUAGCUCCUCAUUGUCUCCAGCUAUAUCAAAUAAAUCCAAUAAAUCUGUAAAUUUAUCCAUAAAGAGCCCAAUUAAAUAUGGCUCAACUGGUAGUUCUAUAAAUUCAAUGAUAAUUGAAAGAUCUACAUCAAACUGCUCAAACGAUUCAAGUUAUUCUCAAGUAUCAUAUAAUGAAGAUGUUUCACCAAAAUAUUACUAUAAUAAAGAAAGUUGUAAAGAUAAUUACACCUAUACUAAUAACCACAACAAUAACAAUAACAAUAACAAUAACAAUUUAACGGUAUCACCAUUGACUAAGGAAAAUUCACAUAGUAGUACUAUAAUUAGUAGCAAUAAUAAUAGUAUUAAGAGUGGGUAUAGCAACCAAUUCAAAAAUGAUUGCUAUAAUAAAUAUGAUAUUAAACAAUUGAAAGAAUUUGAGGCACCGAUUUUAAAGCAUUUUAAAUCGCCAUUAAAGAGCAAGUCACCAUUAUCAAAGGAAUAUAAUGAUAAUAGUAGUACAAAUAAUAGUAAUAAAUCCGUUACAUCAAUAUUUUUAAGUCCAAUAUUUCAAUUUAAAGAGAAGUCAUUAAAAGUCAAGAGAUCUUUCUCUAAAUUGAAUAACAAUAUUACUCCCAAAGAUGUUAGUAGUGUUGGCACUCAUAAUAAUUUGGUUGAUAGUAUUAAUAAUGGGAGUAACUCAUCAUUUAUAAAUGGAAAUAUCACGCCCUUGAGAGAGAGAUUUAUACAUCCAUUUCAAGUUUGCAAAUAAGCUAAAAGAAAUUUGCAUUUCUAGAUAAUAUUUAUAUUCAUUUUUUU